GCUAGAUAAGCCCUUGGAGAAUGAUGCGGAGGGUGUGUGGAGCCCCGACAUUGAGCAGAGCUUCCAAGAGGCCCUGGCCAUCUACCCGCCAUGCGGCCGGAGGAAGAUCAUCCUCUCUGAUGAGGGCAAGAUGACGGAACGAGCUGAUAGCACGCUACAUCAAACUGCGCACUGGAAAAACGCGGACCAGGAAGCAGGUGUCCAGUCACAUACAGGUCCUAGCACGAAGGAAGGCCCGCGAGAUCCAGGUGAAGCUGAAGGUACGCUACGACCAGGCCGCCAAAGACAAGGCGCUACAGAGCAUGGCCACCAUGUCCUCGGCACAGAUCAUCUCCCCCGCGGCCUUCCAGAGCAAGAUGGCGCUCCAGGGACUCUCCAGGCCGGCUUACCCCACGGCUGGUGGGUUUUGGCACGGGGCUCUUCCGGGACAGCCAGGAGGCCAUGAAGACAUUAAGCCCUUCUCCCAACAGAGUUACACCAUGCAAGCGUCCGGCCCGGCCCCCAUAACAGGUUAUGAAAGCACUGUGGGGCUGUCCAUGUCACCUGGUGCGCCCCCUUGGCAGGGGAGAUGUAUCGCCAGCUCCAAGCUGCGAAUGCUGGAGUUCUCCGCCUUCCUGGAGCAACCUCAGGACCCAGACGCUUUCAACAAACACCUUUUCGUGCACAUCGGUCAGUCCAACCCCAGCUACAGCGACCCCUACCUGGAGUCGGUGGACGUCAGGCAGAUCUACGACAAAUUCCCUGAGAAGAAAGGAGGCCUGAAGGAGCUGUUCGACAAGGGGCCGCACAAUGCGUUCUUCCUUGUCAAGUUCUGGGCGGACCUGAGUGUGAACCUGCAGGACGACAGCAGCUUCUUCUACGGGGUUUCCAGCCAGUACGAGAGCUCCGAGAGCAUGAUCAUCACCUCGUCCACCAAAGUCUGCUCCUUUGGCAAGCAGGUGGUGGAAAAAGUGGAGACCGAGUACGCCCGCUUCGAGAACGGCCGCUACAUGUUCCGCAUCCACCGCUCCCCGCUGUGCGAGUACAUGAUCAACUUCAUCCACAAGCUCAAACACCUGCCCGAGAAAUACAUGAUGAACAGUGUCCUGGAGAACUUCACCAUCCUGCAGGUGGUGUCCAAUAGGGACACCCUGGAGACGCUGCUGUGUGUCGCUUACGUCUUUGAAGUAUCCACGAGCGAACACGGCGCCCAGCAUCACAUCUACCGGCUCGUCAAAGACUGACACCAACGCGGCAACGUCGCCGCACCUCCGCACAAAGACGCGCGCGCGCACUCCUCGGCGAGCUACGGGCUCGAGGGGUCCCGAACGUUUCCCAGGGACGAACGAACGACACUACUGAGGAUUGCGAAGAACGGGGAACCAGGCUCGGUGCGUUGACAGUGACAGGAAAGGACCAUGAUGCACUGGGGUCUUCAUACCAAAGCCCGGCCUCGGAAAAGACCUGCAUGAGAGCAUUGUCGUUGGUGUUUUCUUGUUCUUUUUUUUUUUUUUUUUUUUUUUAAUAUGAUUCUGCUAGAGCUUGUUUUUGCUUUGAUUGUCAUGCAUGUGCAGGAGUUUGGCUGACUCAGGGUGCCACCUACUGACUGAAAGAAGAAUGGCACACACCUAACUGAAAGUGUAAGGCAGAAAAUUGCACAAUGUUUUAUUAUAUUGUUGGGUUUUUUUGUUUGUUUGUUUGUUUGUUUUUUUUGUCCCAGUGCCAAUCACGUGUGUGCUCUUUGAAUAAUGACCUUGUAAACCUGCCACGCGUACGACGAGACGAGGGAGGCUGAAGAUGUGGUCAGUGGCGGUCCUUUUGUGUUGGUGUGUUUGCUGUUUGAAUGUCUCCCGUGUUGUCUUAAGACGCCCAACAAUAACAACAAAAAAAAAGGCACAUAAUGACGAUAAUAAUAGUAAAAGUGAUAACACGGCUACCUUGAAGCAUAGCACAGUUGGAUCUGUAUGUGGAUUGCAGAGGUCGACUGUCUCCUUGCCCUGAAGUGUCCGAUGAAAAUAUAAGUGUUUCUUACAAAAAUGACUAGGCGUGCAUUUUUCUUUGUUUUCAUGUUACAUGAAUGUGUUAGUUAUUCUUUUCGAUGGCGCCAUCGGGUUAUGUGAUGUUAUUGUAUUUUUCAUUAUUAUGUCGCAUAUUCCAUACUAGUUUUUAGGUAAAUAGACAUCAAUCAUGUUUUUAGGUUAUGCAUUUAUUGAAUGUCUGGAACACUGAUCAAGAGCAAAUUUUAAUCAGAGAUGGCUUCGUGUGUCCCUAAAUGCAUUUGAGGAUGAUUUCAAAAAUUUCUUUAAAAAAAUAUAUUUUAAUGUUUUUGUUUUUCAGUUUAACCGAUAAAAUCUUGUGCAGUAUGGGUUUUAAUUUAUAGUUAUGGCGUUUCAGGGAAAAAAGUCCACCUGUUGCUGAACCGAAACCUACAUGACAUAUUAUUGCCAUUAUUAUGAUGAAAAUUAAAGUGUGGGG